CCGCAUACCAAGCUACCAAGGACAGAGACACCAUUUUAGCGAGGGCGUUGACAUCACCGACACAUUGGUAGCGCAGCUUGCGUUCGUUUCGCCCUCUGAAGUUUAUCAUAUCACACCUAUUAACUUGAAGCUUCUUACCUAGGCAACUCGUGGCGUCUACAAGUUAGGUGGUGCAUGGAGCUUGCCGUCCUCCAGCUCGCAUUCACACACAUACUAGCCGCUCGCGCUGGAGACUGGCUUGUGAGACGGGUGGCCGUUGGGCGUCCUCGCAAGUCCAAGCCUACGGGCGCCCUUGACGCGGCGCUCGCCAGGGCGCCCAAGGCGCUCCAGCAGCAGCGGAGGGACGCUGCGCGCAAGAGCCGCAGCGGCGCCGGAAAAGACGCUGCAGCCUCCAGACGCAGUCACUAUCAGUCCCAAGCCUCGGCAGCAGCAGUACGGAGCAGCCCGCGGCCCCGGUCCCAGCCGCCGCCCCCUGAAAGGAGCACUGCCGCUGUGCCCGCGGCCUGGCUGUCCGGGUCUGCCACCUCUGCACCCCCGAGGCACCAUGACAAUGCAGCGCACCCGCCACCAAACCAGCCAAGCGGGGCUUACGCAGUCGCGGCCGCGUCAGCUGCCGUAGCAGCACACGCAGCGGGCGCCGGCGCGGCCCCGCCGCCCCCUGCCUCGCUGCCCUGGGGCGGCCGCCUGAGCACACAGCCGCCGCGCCCGGCCCCGCCUCAGCGCGGCUCCGCGGCCCCCGCAGCGGCAGUGGAUGUCCUGUGGAAUGUGGCCAGCGCCGGCGGCCCGGGUCUGCUGCUGGCCGCUAGCGCCAUGGCGCCCACACUGGCCCCCACCGCCACUGCCGAGUGGACCGGGCUCCGGCCUGCAUCGCUCAGCACAGCCUUGCCCCCGACCGCGGCCCCGUCCGGCCCCGCCUCUGCAGGCGCCUCUACAGGCAGUGCGAGCAGCAGCGAGGGUGACGGCGGCGGCGGCAGCGGGGUGCUGUCGGUGCAGGAGCCACCACCGGCACCGCGGCGGCCGUCCUGGUGGCGCCGCGGUCUGCUGGGCUUCCUGUUGCGCCGCCGGCCGCAGCUGGGGCGGCCAGAGCGGCGGCGGCGCGAGGGGGCUGAUGACAGGUCUGAAGGAGGAGGCGACGGAGGCCCUGGGGCCGACGACGGCAGGGCCAGGGCCCGCCGGCGCGGCCUGCCCUCGGCCGUGGCGGCCGGGCUCCUUUUCUACACCGCGACCGGCUCGUCCGCCGGGACAGAGGACGGCGGCGAGGGCGGCAGUAGCGGCGGCGAACUGCACUGGCUGCUGCUACUGCCGUCGGAGGAGGUGGAGGUGGAGGGGCUGGGGCAGGGCGCGGGCAUGGGCGGUGUGGUGCCCAGUGGGGCUGUGGGCACGGGCGGCGCGGGUGGGCGGCAGGGCGUGGUUGGCAUGGUGGCGUCGCGGCCCCAGGGCGUCGCGGGCGCUGCUGCAGGGGCCGACGGAGCGGGGCCCUGGGCGCCGGUGGUGACGGCGCUGGCGGCCCCGUUCGUGGGCUUUGCGGAGCUGCUAGCGGGUGGCGUGGGUGGCGUCAGGUCCGCCGGGGCAGCAACGGUGGCGGCGGCCCCUAGCACUGCCUCCAAAGCAGGCGCUGGGGGGCAGGUGACCACAGGGACCAGCCAGGCAGGGAGCGGCGCACCUGCGGUAGUCCUACACGACAGCACGGGCAGCAGGUUCCGCCCGCCCCCCACCCUGCUGAGCAGCAGGGCAGCAGUGGGCGUGGGGACGUGGCCCUCGGGGGCGAUGUUGGUGCCCAUGGCGGCAGGUCGCGGCGGCGGCGGCCCUGGUGGCGGUGGCGGUGGCGGCGGCCCUGAAGGCUCGGGCGCAACCCCCCCUACCGCCGGCUCGGACGUGGGUGGCGGCGGGGCGGCGGGGUCUCCGGAUCCUCAGGACUCCACAGGAGGUGGCGGCCGAGAUGGCGGCCGAGACGGCGGCGGCGGCGGCGGCACGCUGCUGGACAGCCUAGCGGACAGUGUGGUGGGGGCGCCGGUGCGGUCGCUGAGGCACCUCAACAGGGUGUUCACGGCGGGUGUGAGUGAUUUCCUGUCGUCGGACAGCGGCCGGCGGCUGAGCGAGCAGAUGGCGGCGGAGAUGAGCAGCGGCGCGCUGAUGGCCCCCGUGUACCUGACCGAGGAGCUGGUCAAGGCGCGGCUCAAGAGCCUGGUGGUGAGCCAUGCUCGGCGGCUGGCGUGGUUCUUCGGACUGCGGGUGGCGCUGACCUCGGUGGGCCUGGCGCUGGCGAAGGUGCUCGUCAAGAGGCUGGUCCGGCGUCUGGGCUGGCGGCCUCUGGUCGUCAGUGCGGACUGUGUGUGUGACGUGCUGCUGCCCACGUCCUUCUUCGGGCCGCUGCUGGGCGUCACCAACGGCACACUGGAGCUGGCGGGCGUCAGCGACGGCCCAAUGGCGGUGCUGUGGCUGAGGCACUUUGUGAACCUGGGCCUGCUGUUCCCAGGAGGCGGAGGAGGCGGAGGUGGAGGAGGCGGGGGUGGAGAGGGCAGUGGGACGGGGGAGGGGAGCGAGCGGCUGGCUGCGGCGGCUGGGAGUUAUGCGGCCACGCAGCCGGCGCUGGCGUCGGCGCUGCCACGGGUGGCGGCGGCGGCUGGGGACGCGAUGGGCGCACUGGUGGAGCAGGCGGCGGGCGGCGGCCGCGGCUGAGCGGGCCGGGCGGCGCUGGGGAGGCAGGUGCGUGAAAGGAGGGAGAGGGAUGGAGUGGAAGGAGAGCGCGGGGCAGCGAGGGCGAGACGCAACAGGAGUAUGAUUGCCGGACAAGAGACAGAUACGAUUCAGAGGACAGCAGGGGGAUAGAUACGGCAACAGCAGGGAGGAGCAGGCUGUGCGGAGAAGAUGGAAGUCGACUUACAACAAUGCAGGGGUCAGGACCAUGCAGUACUUACUUCGUUGACAUCAUGGUCUCGUGUAGAGCUUGAUUGUCUGACAGCAGAUUGGCGCUGCGCAGUGCAGGUAUCAGUGAGCAGCGCCUGUAUGUGACAUGCACAUCCUUAACGACUGCGGCGCUGUGAGGGUUUGGCUAGCGUGUGAUGUACUUGUAUCGGCGGGUUGCAUGAGUACAUUUGAUUGUUUUGAUCAGUGGAUUGUUGUUGCCCCUCGAUUUAUACGCUGUCUUGAUUGCGUUGUGACAGGUUGUGAGUCCUUGUGCAGUAGUUGGUCCGCGGCAGACCUCGUGUAUGGCGCUACAGUCAGUAAUUAGGUGAUGAAUUGGGAGCACUGAGUAGCUGUGGAAAGUGGCUGUGAAGAGUAGCGGUGAUGCAAAGUAUGUUGAUAAUACCGCCGCAAACACGCGCCACAUGGUUACAUUUGUAUGUACGGCUGGUGCAUGUGUGGGUGCGACUGUCAAUUACACGUUGCGCAUGUGUGUAUGCGCGCGCGCGUCGCGCCGUAGCGCUGUCUGGCGGGGACGGCCAGGGGGUAAGCCUGCAGCACAUGCCGGUUGUUCUGUUGCAGGAUGCCUGUGACUGUGGGGACGAGUGGAAUCGCAAAUGGCGCACUGCCGCGUGUUGACGACUGACGACUGAGAUAGGGGCACACGGGUCGCAAGCUAGAGGCUACGGAGCCUGUUCGAGCACGAGGGGCCACAUUUGACCGAUGACCGCGACAUGUGGGCGCCAGGGGGUCAGGCGCCAGGCAGCAGUUGACCGGCUAGCAGUGUACGGCGCGCCCAUGGACGUACGGCAGUAACGGUAUGUGCAUUUGAGCAGGGCAGCGGGCUGGCCUGCGCGAGGCUGGCUUUUUCACAGGCAGCCGCUGGGUCCUUUCAGUGUGGGCUCACCGCACCAGACCGCACCCUCACCGCACCACCUGGGCCAUAAACUUUGUACGGUAUGACAUGCACGUGUGCGGCUGAGGUGCAACCCUAGGCAGGCAGGCGUGGUCGG